UACGGAAAUUGAACCGGCCACAGCAUUUGACAAAUUAAUAAUUUCAUUUAAUGAUUACUUUGGCCACGUCGUAGGUGCUACUACGCAUCCACUUGAAAUCGGCCAAGCUAUGAUCGCAGAAACAUUCAAUGCUAUAGUCCCAAGUUUAAUACCUGAUGC